CCUCAAGGAUGAAGACCAUUGCACUCCUGGUUCUAGCCUGCAGCUGCUAUCUGUGUGAGCCUCAAACUAAUGGAAAUGGUGACCAACUCACCGGUAACUGUGACCUUUUUUCCCUGUCCUUCAAGGUCACAAACAUGGCAGAAAAAAUAGCCCUUCUGGAGGCCAAGUUGCAGAACACUGAAAAGGAAAUCAAGGAGUUGCGGAGCCUUACUACAGGUACUCCACGCGUGGCCUUCUCUGCAACUCUCAAAGAGUCUGGGUCUGGAGACACUGGACCUUUUACCGCUGCAGUCCCACUGCAGUACAAGAAGGUGUACUCCAACACUGGCAGCUGCUACAAUCCUUCAACAGGCAUUUUCACAGCACAGGUCAAAGGAAUGUACUACUUUCGGUUCUCAAUGUUCACCAACCUGAGUAAACCCAACUCUGUUGUGAGCCUGAAAAAGAACGAUGAAAGACUGACCUCUGUCUGGGACACCUCAUCGUCUGACAUAAACGACAUGGGCAGCAACGCUGUGGUCAUCGCCCUGGAGGUGGGGGACAGCGUGUAUGUGGAACUUAUGGCAAACCGGAUCGUCUAUGAUGACAGCAUGCACUACAACACCUUCAGUGGCUUUCUGCUCUUCACCAUGUAAUGCUGACAACAAUAUUUACAUCAGCUUUAGAGAUGCAUGUCUCUUUAUAUUAUGCUUUUACAGAAAUAAUACGUAUCUCUAUUCACUCUGCUAACUAGAAGCUUGGGCUGUGUUGUGUGUGACAAUAUGAAAUUAUCCACACUCAGUCACAGCCAACCAAAUGAUGUGCUGUGAAUGAAUAUGAAGUUAUCAGAGCAAACUGCUAGAAAAUAGAAAUGGGUUUUGUUUUGUACUACUGUGACCACAUCUGGAUAUAACAGUGGUGUAGCUGUAGUGGAUAUACUGUGAUGUAGUAGUUAGCUGUAGUGGGUAGACUGUGAUGUUAAUACAAAUUCUUGCCUAUUUAAGUGGGUAUAUUGAGAUGGUGAUACUUUUUAAGUGGGUAUACUGCUUAGUCCUGUGUCUCACGUAGACUACACCACUGCACACACACACACACACACACACACCACUGGAAUAUCUUAAACAUUUUAAAAAUACUUGCAUUUCUAUUUCCAGCUUAGCAUUUUUUGAACUUUGAAGAAAUGUUUGUUGUGAUUUGUUUGUUGUGUAGUUCUGUCCAAACAACAAUAAAUGUCAUAUAAACUCCA